CAUGCUGAAAAAGAAGACUACUGGGACUCUGUACUCUUGAGUGAUGAGUCAAAGAUAAAUGUUUUUGGAGCCCACGACUUCAAAACUGUAUGGCGUCGCAAAGGUGAGGAGUACGAAGAAAAAUGCAUGGUGCCUACAGUGAAACAUGGUGACAGUGUCCUUCUGUGGCGCUGCAUGAGUGCUGCUGGUGUCAGGGAGCUGCAUUUCAUUGCUGGUAUAAUGAAUUCUCAGAUGUAUAUUGAAAGAGAAGUUUUCCAUCAUGACAAUGAUCUAAAAACGCACAUCUAAGGCCACUGUUGCAUUUCUGA